CAUUUAUACUCUGCCAAAUGGAAAGAGCCAACUACAGAGAAUACCAACAGGUAUUGAACAUCUCGGUGAAGCCGAAAAGCGUGAGGAUGGCCUCUAGCAAAAGAAUUUCUAAGCCGGCCAAGAAAGAAGCUUCCGCUCCAGUGAAAAGAAGAACGAAAACAGGCUGUUUGACCUGCCGUAAGAGAAAGAAGAAGUGCGACGAAGACAAAGUCAACGGAAAAUGCCAGGGGUGCACACGUAACUUUUUGGAGUGCUGUUGGCCAGACUCUGCUGCCUCUUCUGAUUCUUGUGAUUCUUCACCAGAACCGGUUGUCUUGCCUAAAUCUUUCAUGCUUCCACAAAUCAUCACAGCUUCGCCUUCUACAUCGCAUUUCAUCGAUGUAAGAAAAGAUGCCAAGUCGACCAAAUGCUCUAUCAGCUCCUUGAUUGAACCGGUCAAAAUAGAACCCAAGACCGAAAUCAAGACAGAGCAGCCUGCUGUCGUCAACCCAUACCCAUCUCCUUCACAAUCUCCAGUCGCCGAUAUCAAACAGGAGGUCGCCGAUAUCAGCUACAUCGCACUUCCACCAUUGCUCAACCUCAGCUACAAAUCGAAGGACAGCAACAUCAGAGGCAUUAAGCAAGAAUUUAAGGAAUUCAAAGAGUUCAAGCAAGAGUUCAAACAAGAAGUCCAAAUCAAAAAGGAAGAAGAGGUCAUCGGCGCAGCUCCAUCUACUCCUCCUACAUCUCUCCAGGCCAAGUUCGUCAUCACGUCGUUCAACGUUAACAACGACUUGUGCCAAAUCUAAUGGCCAAAAUCAAAAAUGGCAAGGUUUACAAAAGGAAAAUUUCAAUUCUUCACUGUUUCAUGUUUACAGUCUACGUUUCAUUUAUAGAGUACGUUCUUUGGGAUCAGGGUAUAGCACAAACUUAAUGGAUAUACAUAAUAUCAUAUGUUUUCGUCAUAUGUUAUCAUAUCUG